GCUGAUGAAAUGGAUCUCCCCAAGAUAAAUAUACAGGAGUCCCCUACGAAUAAUCAGCCAAACUUUAGUAACCAUCGUAACUCAGACUCGCUGACGGUCCCACGGAUCGACACGACGUCAACGAGUAGAGAUCCAUUUAGAGAUCACACAGAGCCUUCGUCUCCUACAUCAACCUCUGAUAGAAAAGGCAAGGAUGAGAAAAAGUCGAAGAAGUCAAAAAAACCUCUAGAGCCACGGCAUAUUAACAAUCUAGGCGCUUUUAAGUUUCAGCCACACACACUAUCAGAUUGUGUGGGCUACAAGCAAUUCGAAACUCUCAGAGACGACCUCGGUGGCAUCGAAGGUCUCACAUCCGGCUUAGGCACCCAUCCAAAGGACGGUCUCUGCGGUGAAGCAUAUUCAUUAGAUGGCAAAAUUGAACCCGAUGGCCCUCCUGAAGGUAGAGCUGGUCCUGCAAAUCAAGCGAAUGGUCUUGAAAGGCACCGUGUCUACGAUAAGAAUGAAAUUCCACCCAAAGACACAAAGAACUUCUUCCAGUUAAUGUGGAUGGCAAUGGAAGACAAACUAUUACAACUCCUUAUCGUCGCUGCUAUCGUCGCUCUAGCUUUAGGUAUCUAUCAGGCUGUCGAUUUCCCACCUCCAGAAGUCAGAUGUUUCAACGAAGCGACGGGCCGUUAUGACGCUUAUUGUACUGAACCUCAAGUUGAAUGGGUUGAGGGUGUUGCUAUUCUUAUCGCUAUCCUCAUCGUCGUUUUAGUCGGUAGUAUAAAUGAUUAUCAAAAGGAACUUCAAUUCAUGAAAUUGAACCAGAAGAAAGAUGAUAGAGAAGUAAAAGUUAAAAGAGAUGGUAAUGAACAAUAUAUCAACAUAAAAAACCUUCUAGUUGGUGAUAUCCUUCAGAUAGAGACAGGAGAUAUCCUUCCCGUUGAUGGUGUUUUCUUGCGAGGUCAUAAUCUCAAGGCGGAUGAAUCAGCUGCAACAGGUGAAUCGGAUGCUAUUAAAAAAGUCACUUUCGAUGAAUACUCUGAAUAUCUCGAUAGUCUUAGUCUACAUGAUAAAAGCAAGAAUUUGAAGAAGGACUGUUUCUUAUUGUCAGGAUCUAAAAUUACUGAAGGUGUCGGUGAGAUGGUUAUCGUUGCCGUCGGACUUCAAUCCUACAAUGGUCGCAUUCUCGCAAGUCUCAACGAAGAAGAGGAUGAGGGAACUCCUCUUCAAACUAAGCUUAAUGAUUUGGCCGAGUUAAUAGCCAAAAUUGCUUCAGUUGCUGGUUUACUCUUGUUUAUCGCUCUCAUGAUCAAAUUUUUCGUUAAUUUGAAGAGGCAGCCAGAUAGGACUCCUCGUGAAAAAGGACAAAACUUUAUAGAAGUACUUAUUAUAGCAGUCACCCUUAUCGUUGUUGCCGUACCUGAAGGUCUUCCGCUGGCUGUCACUCUUGCACUUGCUUUCGCGACAAAGCGUAUGACAAAGGCAAAUCUUCUCGUUCGUCUUUUAGCAUCUUGCGAAACAAUGGCAAAUGCUACUGCUGUUUGUACAGACAAAACAGGAACUCUUACACAAAAUGUAAUGAGUGUUGUUGCAGGUACUAUCGGUAUCAAAGCUAAAUUCGUCACUCGCCUGGAUGAAAACUCAUCUAGAUCAAAUGCAGAUGAACUGAACAAUGAUGAGAAAUAUCCACAUGGCAACUUUACAAUUGACUCAAAUGACCUCUCAAAUCAUGUGCAAGGUCCCUUACGUAAAUUGUUAUUCGAUAGCAUAGCGAUCAAUUCAACUGCUUUUGAAGACAAAAACAAGGAAACUGAUCAGAUUGAAUUUGUUGGUUCAAAAACUGAAACUGCAUUAUUACGUUUUGCUAAAGAGCAAGAUUGGGAUGAUUGGAGAUCGGUUCGUGAAUCUGCUGAAAUCGUACAGAUGAUACCUUUCUCGAGUACACGUAAAGCUAUGGGUGUUGUGGUCAAAGUAAAUGAAGGUCAUUAUAGAUUAUUUGUCAAAGGUGCAUCAGAGGUUCUUACAAGCCUUACCAACCAGGUUGUGUCACUCGAUGAAGCUAAGUCAGAUGAAGUUCCUUGUCAUGCUAUCGAGGAAGGCGAACGUGCUAGUAUCGAUGAAACUAUCAAGUUUUACGCAAAUCAAUCGUUACGUACUAUCGCUCUCUGUUAUAAAGAUUUCCAGGAAUGGCCACCAAGUAAAGCAUCUUUCGACGAGACUGGAGAUGUUGAAUAUGAUUCAUUGGCUAAGGAUUUGACUUUAAUUGGUAUUACUGCUAUUGAAGAUCCUCUCAGACCUGGUGUAUCAAACGCCGUCAAGCGUGCUCAGAAUGCUGGUGUCAAAGUAAAAAUGUGCACUGGUGACAAUGUCUUAACUGCUCAAUCUAUCGCAAAACAAUGUGGUAUUUUGACAGAGGGGGGUAUUGUCAUGGAAGGUACUGAAUUUAGACAACUUGAUGAACACGAUCGUAUUAAUGUCGUACAAAAUCUUCAAGUUCUCGCUAGAUCAUCACCAGACGACAAGAAAUUGUUAGUACAAACUUUGAGGAACGCUCAUUCAGAAACUGUUGGUGUAACUGGUGAUGGUACCAAUGAUGCACCAGCCCUCAAAGCUGCUAACGUCGGUUUCUCAAUGGGUAUCGCUGGUACGGAAGUAGCAAAAGAAGCAUCUUCAAUUAUCCUCAUGGAUGACAACUUUGCUUCAAUUGUUUCAGCUAUCAUGUGGGGUAGAUGUGUCAACGACUCUGUCAAGAAGUUCUUGCAAUUUCAAUUAUCCGUCAACGUAACAGCCAUAAUUAUUGUCUUCGUUACAGCUAUCGCAUCAGAUUCAGAAGAAUCUGUUUUAUCGGCUGUUCAAUUGCUCUGGGUUAAUUUGAUUAUGGAUACGUUUGCAGCAUUGGCUUUAGCGACUGAUCCAGCAACUCCAACAGUACUUGACCGUAAACCUGAAACACCUGGAUCACCAAUCAUCAACGCGAAUAUGUUGAAAGUCAUCACUUCACAAUCAUUAUACAAGACAGCUGUCGUUUUCGUAUUACAUUUCGCUGGUAGACAGAUACUCGGUUACAGAAUGGAUUACUCCAAUGAUGAAGAGGAAGCUGAGUAUAGCGCUCAAGGUAGUCAAUUGAAGACAUUAGUUUUUAACGCCUUCGUUUGGUGUCAAAUAUUCAACCAGAUCAAUUGUCGUAGAUUAGACAAUAAACUCAAUGUCUUUGAAGGUAUCCACAGAAACUGGUGGUUCAUGAUCAUGUUUUGUAUUAUGGUCGGUGGACAAGUUCUCAUUGUCUUUGUUGGUGGUGCAGCAUUCUCAGUAACGAGGAUAGGUGGACGUGAUUGGGCAAUUUCAAUAAUUUGCGGAUUUUGUUCGUUAAUUGUUGGUGCAUUGUUCAGAUUCAUACCAGAUGAACCAAUUGAAAGAAGACUCAUCAAAUGGGGUGCAUUCCCAGAUCCAAAUGCUCUUCCAAUCUCUAAGAAUAAACCAUCAAGGAAAGGAGAAGAUCCAGUUUACGAUUCAUUGCAAAUACUUUCAAUCCUCCGUGGUGGUCGUAUAAGAGGAUCAUCGUUUGUUCAGAAGUCUAGAAGAAUUGUUAGACAUCCAAUCCAACAAUUAUCGGAGACAUUAUAUUCACAUUCAAGGUCAAAUUCCGGAACAACAACUCCUGAUAAUAAUAGCACAUCACCUUUAUCAGCGAAGCAUAACCAUUUAGAUGCACUAUCAGUCUUACCUAUGAUGGUUGCAUCUAGUGUAGGUGCGGGGCCUGCCUACAGAAGCUCUAGAUCUGGCAGUGUGAAUUCAAGAGCUGGACAUUCACCUUCAACAUCUAUAUCUAAAGGUGGUAUCGACGACGAUAAUAGUUCGCAGCCACCUCCAUCACCUUUAUCAAAGCGUUAACGAC